UAAUUAGUGAGAUUAUUAAAUGUAAACAGUGCACGUCGAGUGACACUUUUUCCCAAGAAAAAUGUUUUGCUGAUUUGGAGGGUUCAAACCAAAUUAAAAAAAUGCAGGCGCAUAUCAGCAGUCCUUCGUGUUUCUUAUCGUCCACGAGUACGGAUGACAACGUCGCCGAUUAUCCCCACCACGAGCAAAAUCCACAGUUAAGCGUGACAGCGGUACUAAACCACUGCAAGAGCAAAAUCCUCACGCCUUAUCUGAGGUUACUGAGCGUCGUGGGUCUAAGACCUCUGCUAGCCAACCAACUCGAACCAUGUUUUUGUUUUCGCUUCGUCAACUACAUUUACACGAUUCAGCUCGUGUUUCUUUUAAUUGUGGGGUAUUUGCUGCAAUACAUGGCUUGUUUUCGCAGGGAUAGAGGAUUCUGUUUCAAAAUCGCGAAUAAUCCGUACCUGUACCAAACCCAAAUCAAAGAAAUUUACGAGAAGAUUUGUCAUGCACCGGUUGUGUUUUCUUUUAUUAUACCCAGUGCGCUGCAUCUGGUAGCGUAUGUGCAUGCUGUUGUCGUCAUCAGACACUCUGAGGACGACCAGCUGCCAGUUUUAAUGGAAAGGGUUUUUUUAACUUCCACGAACAUUUCGAACGGGCGAGGCAGCCAAAGGAAGUUAGUACGGACCUUGUGGACCUUUGUGGGUCUCACGGUGAUAUGGAUGACGGUGUCCUUUGUUGCCGUAAUGUUCAUGAUGGGCAGCGGUACCAUCAAUUUCAAAUGGCUGGACGACGCCCCCGUUGCUAUACAAACCGGCUUGAAAGUCCUCCUAGUGACCUGCACCCUCUGGCACGACGUCGUACAAGCCACCAUUAUAUCCAACUACUGCCUCCAGACCCAACUACUAACCACCUAUUUGCAAUUCUUGCAAGAAAAACUGCUUCAGCAUCCGGUUCAGCCUCUGGAGUGGAUCAGGCACAUCGAGACUUUCAAAAAAAUGCUAAGAUAUGUAAACAUCGAAGUGGCGCCGUCUGUGUGCAUGUUCACGUUCAUCAACAUCGCCUGUGCCACCUCGGGCAUCCUCUGGCUCUUCAAUUACGACGACGUUGAUAAGGAAACCGUGCCCAUUGUAGGGAUCAGUACUCUAAACGUAGUCCUUUGGGUUUUGCUAGCGCUAGCACCUUUUAUUCAGGCCUCCAGGUUAUCAAACGAGUGUGACGUUCUCCGCAGCGCAGGUCAGGAGGUCAGGACUAGACCGUUCGUCCAUCAGGAUACCCCUCGGCACGACCUCGAUUCGAUUUUGUUGUACACAGCGAGUCUAAAGUUGAGGGCUAAGCUGUUUUGUAUGCCCGUAACUGGAAGAUAUUUGUGUUUGUUCUUCGUGUUUGUGGGGGUGGGGGUUUUGGUGUUAGGCCAAUGUCACUAUUUUAACACGAGUUGAAAAUUUCCUGUGUUUGUAUAUUUAUUUUGGUUGUAUUUAUGUUUACAAUAAAUGUUUUUUUAAGAAA